GUGGUGUCGCUGAGCAUCGCUGAGUUCUGCAGUUCAUGCAUGUAAUGGAAGGGAAGUGAAUUGUGUAUUAAUCGGUCUUAAUUAAGCGGAAUUAGCAGAAUAUAGGUAUGGCUGAUCAUCAGGAUCAGAAUGAUACAGCAGUGGAUGAGGUGACUGCUGCAGGUUCGGCAGAUGUAGAGCAUGAUGAAGAACUAGACGCAUUAUUAAGUAGUGCUUUAAAUGACUUCGACAAACUUCCACCCAGCAGAACAGUCGAUAAUACAAGCUGCAGUGAUACAAGUACCAAAAGUGAGACAGUGGAUGCAAAAUGGUCAGAAGAAUUUAUCAAACAAGCAGCUGUUCAGUUUGAGCAGAAUAUGCAGGCCCUUUUGUCACAAAGUGGUAAUUCCUCUGAUAUUGUAACCCCUGAUCAUCUGGGGGCCAACUUCCAAAAAAUUGCAGAAGCUGCUGCUAAAGCAAUAACUGAUGAACCUGGUGCCAGUGAUGGUGAAUUUGCAUCAGCAAUUUCACAGACUCUCAAAAAUCUCUCUGAGGGUGCAGAGAAUUUGCAGUCUCAGUUCUCAGAAGAGGACAUUGCAAACAUUUUCAGUGGUCUUGGAAUAGCUGAAGGAUCAGAAGGUGGAGAUUUCCUCCCAUUCAUGCAACAAAUGAUGCAGUCACUACUUUCAAAAGAUAUUCUUUAUCCAGCACUUAAGGAUAUUGUUGAUAAGUAUCCUGCAUGGCUGGAAGAGAAUCGGCCGAAGCUUGAGCCUUCGGAGUUUGAAAGGUUCAGCAAACAGAAAACACUGAUGGAGCAGGUGUGUGCAGAGCUGGAAAAAGAGUCAAGCUCUGACAGCCAGGAGGAAAAGAAAAGGAGGUUUGACACAAUCCUCGAUCUCAUGCAGAAAAUGCAAGAUUGUGGUCAGCCACCAAAGGAUUUGGUGGGGGACUUAGGAUCUGUGGUGACUUUUGAUGAACAUGGCAAUCCUCGUCUGCCUGGUCUGGAGUCAGGGGCAACUGAUCCCUCGCAAUGCUCAGUCAUGUGACGUAGAGUCCCAUGCACUUUGUUUUUAACUAGAGGCUGUGUUUGCCUAAUGGUAACUACUGUUAAAGUUUUAUAUAGUUUGGUUAGAAGCUUUAUGGUUAAACCAGUUGCCACACAAUACUCUUCUAAAAGAGAACUGGUACAUGAAGUUUUAUUAUGUAAAUGAUAUUGUGCUACUGUUUUUUUUUCUUGAGCUCUGGAAUGUAUGAAAUAAAACAAGUUUGUAUGAGAAAUGAAAGGAAAUGUAUUGAAACUUGCCAGAGCCAGGUCCAGUGAGAGAACAAUGAAAAUACUUGGUACUUUUAUAUUUAUUUUCCAGGAAUAUGGAUUCUAAAUCUUUACUACAGCAACACAAUACCAGCUUUGUUCUAAUGUUGCCUGAGAGGUCAUUUAAACUUGUGCAUUAUUGAAGUAAUGUUUCCUCCUCUUGUGACAUUACAGUAAUGAACCCUAAUCAUCGUUUUGCAGCAGAAAUAUCACUUCUGUUACAUCCUUUGUAGAUAUAAGCAUCAUGUUGAGGAAUUGUAUGGCCAGUUGUCAUUGUGUUAGCUGUCCAGGAGAAAUGGUAUCAUUGAGUUGGCUUAGGUUAUAGCACUUCUGACUUGUAGGCAGAAUUUGCGUGGUUCAAUUCUGAGUCAGGAAACUGAAUAUCCUGAUUGAAGUUUUCUUGGAUUUACUCAGUCCCUCCAGGCAAAUGCUGGGAUGCCUUCAAAUAGGCAACAGAUGCUUUCUUCUGUAUUCUUUUUCAUUCAUCACACAUUAAUCAUCAUACCAUUUGAUACUACAUAGUUAGAGCUACUGACAGCUUUCUUAAAUAAAGUAAGUAAAUAAAAUUAGUGUGUUUUGGUGGUAGAAGACAGAUUUUCGUGUCAUGACAGAAACUUCUGGAAUCUUGUUUACUUGCUAAAUAUAAUAUUGCGAUCUACACUGUUCCUUCAUUCACAGUGGGUGUUCAGUGCCCUUGGGGUCAAUUUUUAUUACAGCUGUAGAAUUGAAAGAAGUGAAGUAUCUGAGUGAGGGACUGAAGGUUGUAUGAGAAACAGAACAAAUGGGGAAUCAUGCUGCAUCCAGCAAGUUUGAUAUGAAUGAAAGUUGUGUGUGAGAGUGAGGAAUAAAAAGUCUGCUGUACCACAAGUAGAACACUGAACAGUGUAAGAUGUAUGUGAGAAUGAUGAUAUUCUGGAUAGCAGUAUUUUAAAUUUUCAUGCCUUUGGGUGUUAUUGGCUAUCAGAUGGGCUUAUAUAGGUUCCUAGAAUUGGACUAGCAAAAGUGUUAUAAUUUAUUGUUUGUUUUUACUUAUGGAAAUAAACAACUGGGGCAUGCAUAUUCAGCUUAAAUGUA